CUCAGGCCCCCAUGCAGGCUCCGCCCCGGCUCGUCUCUUGCAGGUUCUCGCGAGGUUUGAGGCGGCGGGGCCGGCCCGGGCGGCUGCAAUAUGGCGGAGGCGGAAGGGGAGAGUCUGGAGUCCUGGCUGAAUAAAGCCACCAAUCCUUCCAACCGCCAGGAGGACUGGGAAUACAUAAUUGGCUUCUGUGAUCAGAUCAACAAAGAGCUUGAAGGGCCACAGAUCGCUGUCCGACUGCUGGCCCAUAAGAUCCAGUCUCCGCAGGAAUGGGAGGCAGUCCAGGCCCUGACGGUGCUGGAGGCGUGUAUGAAGAACUGUGGGAGGAGGUUUCAUAAUGAAGUGGGAAAGUUCCGGUUUUUGAAUGAGUUAAUCAAAGUCGUCUCUCCAAAGUACCUGGGGGACAGGGUGUCUGAGAAAGUGAAGACCAAGGUUAUCGAGCUCCUUUACAGCUGGACCUUGGCUCUGCCAGAAGAAUCAAAGAUCAAGGAUGCCUACCACAUGUUGAAGAGACAGGGCAUAGUGCAGUCUGACCCACUCAUCCCUGUGGACAGGACACUGAUCCCUUCUCCACCACCUCGUCCCAAAAACCCUGUUUUUGAUGAUGAGGAGAAAUCCAAGCUUUUAGCCAAGUUGUUGAAAAGCAAAAACCCAGAUGACCUGCAAGAGGCCAACAAGCUCAUCAAGUCCAUGGUGAAAGAAGAUGAGGCGCGAAUCCAGAAGGUAACCAAGCGUCUACACACUUUAGAGGAAGUUAAUAACAAUGUAAAGCUGCUCAAUGAGAUGCUGCUUCAUUACAGCAAAGAGGAUUCUUCAGAAGCAGAUAAGGAGCUCAUGAAGGAGCUGUUUGAUCGGUGUGAGAACAAGAGGCGGACGUUAUUCAAACUAGCCAGUGAGACAGAGGACAAUGACAAUAGUUUGGGGGACAUCCUGCAGGCCAGUGACAACCUCUCCCGGGUCAUCAACUCUUAUAAAACAAUCGUUGAAGGGCAGGUCAUCAAUGGUGAGGUGGCUACGUCAGCCUUGCCUGACUCUGAAGGUAAAAUGUUCCAGUUCCCCAUUCUGAAUCCUUCCAGACCAGCCCCAGUCCCCAUCACCAAGCCAUGGGUGCACGUUGACCAGUGUGUCAUCCCUCAGGGCCCGAGGACUCUAAGCCAUUCCAAGCAGUCUUUCAGCUUCCCAGAGGCCUGCAGAUGCGGAUGGGGUUUUUCUGCUUGUUUUUCAGUGUUCCCCUGGCACAAAUGCCCUUGGAUUAGGUCAGAGGCUGUGCAGCCAGCCCCUAGAGUAGCCCCUAAUUAUUCCUGUCCCCAUCCAGGAAACAACCACUCCAGUAACCAAGGCACUCUCAUUGACCUUGCUGAGUUGGAGGCACCAAGCAGCUCGUCCCCAGUGUUGGCGCCUGCGCCCCCCUCCUCUGGCAUCCCUAUCCUCCCUCCACCCCCACAGACCUCGGGACCUGGGCGCAGCCACUCCUCCAGCCAGGGUGAGGCCCCCCCCGGGCCCAACAGCACAAGCAGUGCCCUCUGUCUGCUGGAUGAGGAGCUGCUCUGCUUGGGCCUCACUGACCCAGCCCCCAGUGCUCCGCCCAGAGAGUCAGCUGGAAACAGCCAGUGGCCCCUGUUCCAGAAUGAACAGUCGGACCUGGACUUCUUUGGCCCCAAACCUGGGACUGCUGCCUGUAGCCCCUCAGACGGGCCUCUCCUCCAGCCCUCAGCAGCCCCUGCAGGCAACUCCCAGGCUCCACUGCCACCCUCCUUCCCAGCUCCUGUGGUCCCAGCCAGUGUUCCUGCCCCCAAAGCCGGCUCCUUCUUCUUCCCUACUGGCUUGGCCCCAGCUUCGGCCCCAAAGGCUGAGGCCACAGUGCCCGGGCACCAUGCCUCAGCUUUGGGCGAUAGCACCCUGCACCAGCUGGAUGCCCUCGAUCAGCUUCUGGAAGAGGCCAAAGUGACCUCAGGCCUGGCGAAACCCAUCUCCUCCAACUUCUUCCCUGGGGCUGCCACCUCCUCUCUUAUCUCCACCACCACCCCAGCUAGGCCUCUCCUCCCCUUCUCCACGGGGCCUGGCAGCCCUCUCUUCCAGCCACCUGCCUUCCAGUCCCAGGGCAGCCCCAUGAAGGGGCCUGAGCUCUCCUUGGCCAAUGUGCACGUCCCCCUGGAAUCUAUCAAGCCUAGCAGUGCCCUUCCUGUGACAGCCUAUGAUAAAAACGGCUUCCGCAUCCUCUUCCACUUUGCCAAGGAGUGUCCACCAGGACGGCCCGACGUGCUGGUGGUGGUAGUGUCCAUGCUGAAUACAGCUCCCUUGCCUAUCAAGAGCAUCGUGCUGCAGGCCGCAGUGCCCAAGUCAAUGAAGGUGAAGUUGCAGCCACCGUCUGGGACAGAACUCUCUCCAUUUAGCCCCAUCCAGCCACCUGCAGCCAUCACCCAGGUCAUGUUGCUGGCCAAUCCACUGAAGGAGAAAGCAAGGCUUCGGUAUAGGCUGACCUUCGCCCUGGGGGAGCAGCUGAGCACGGAGGUGGGUGAGGUGGACCAGUUCCCGCCUGUGGAGCAGUGGGGGAACCUAUGACCGCAGAGGAUGCUGUCAUCUCCACUUCGACACCCUCGCAGGCUGCCCUGAGACGGGAGGGCUCUCCGGGUCCAGACUUUCUCCGUGUCCCAACUGCAGUGCUUAGAGCUUUGAUAUGGAACAGGGGUCCUGGGCAUUGCUGCUGGGAGCCGAGCUGCUGCUGCGAUGAUCUCUCCUCCUUUGGCCCCCUAAAAGGACCUGUUUUUAUCUAACUGUGUGACUUGAAGUCGCCACGUACUUUCGGGUGGGGAGUGGCCCCAGAUUCUUCUGCACUACUGCCCUGGGAACGUGGACUGGAGACUGGAGUAGGUUUUUCCCCUUGUUCUGGCAUCCCCUGAUGCCACAAGAGGGAGGUCUCUAAAGAGAGACUCGGGGCCCUCCCUUAAGGACCACAUCCUCACCCCUCAGAGGCCUCAGCCCCCCAGUGCUACUCUGUGCUUCCCCUGCUGGCAGGCUCCUGCUCCCACCUCCAGGGAGGUGGGCAAAGCGCAGCGGUCCCAAAUGGCCCUGGGCACAGAGUAAGGAGUUGGUGUGCUGCUCACUCUCCAGCCCUGCCUUCCGUGGACAGCGUCAUCCUGGAAUGGCCAAUGGAUGAUGAGUUGUGGGCUUGUCCCUGGUGGUAGCAGGCUGUGUCCUAUGGACAUCUCAGCAUAGGAUGUGGAACUCAGCCUUUUAGAAACAGAACUUGGCCUCAUGGCAGCCUAAACUAGGGAUAGGAAAGAAAACAGAAGAGAACCAGUGUUUCCCCUUUUUUGGAAGCAGGUACUCAGAGCUUUCUGGGAAAAGUGUGCCUCCUGCCGUGGGAAUAGGCCAUCCUACUCACUACCUCUUGCUUGGCAUGAAAUAAACUGCUCUCCUGCCCUUCACAUCUCUGAAGGGGAGGACAACUCCCACCACCUUCCAUGUCCUCCUGCUUUGGCCUCCCCCCCUCCUCCCACCAGAUGGCCUGUGUUGUGGCAUAAGGUCGGGAACAGGGGCAGGGUCAGGCAUAUUGCACUAGACUUAUGUCCUUACCUGCUGCCCAGAAACCCUGCCUGUCCCCAGCUGCUGAUGGGCACUGUCAGCGAGAUGUUGGGUCUGGAGGUGGUGAGAUUAGGGACCAUGCUUGAAUCGAGUCACCAGACCCUAUUGCUUCCACAGUGCUCAGCCCCAGCUGGCUUGUCCCGGCUGCUCCAUCCACUAGAUGCAACUGGGCCAAGGACUCCAGGCCUCCCAGGGCCACAGCAAAGUGAGAACACUCAGCAGGGGAAAGAGCACACAGCUCACCUGAGCUCGGGGACGGGCUCAGCCCUCUCCAGGGAAAGGUGGCACAAACCGUGUUCCCUGAUCCCUCACUACUUGUGCCAGGCUUCCUUACUCCAUCAAGAGGUCAUCUCCCCUUGUCCCAUCUUUAGCAAGCAGGUUUCACUGCUUCAUCAGGACAGGUCAAAAGUGAAUUGAUUUCACUACUUAAGGAAUAAAUCCAAGCAUUUUCCAGAGACCGGCUGCCGCGGCCCUGGAAAGGUCCGUGGGAUUACUGUAUGGAAAUGCACCUUUAUAAUAAGCUUUAGACAUGAAAAUUAUUUAUGAGUGUUAUUCAUUACUAUGGAGUCACUGCUUUGUGACAAAUAGCUGUACUGGAUAUACCAACUCUGCUGCCCUUGUUUUGCUGCAUGUUAAAUAAAACCAUUUUUGCCCUA